AUGGCAUCACCCAUGAGGAGCUUGCUCACCAACCCUGACAGAUACCUCCAGUCCUUCCGCCUCUUCCUGGCGAAUUCGACCGAGCACCAGUGCAUGCGGGAAUUCGUGGAGAGGCAGCUGCCGGCCGCAAUAGCGAGUAUUGGAGGUGGGAAGUCUACAAUCAACAUUCUAAGCGUCGGUGGUGGAGCAG